UUGCAACUUAGAGAAUACGAAAUUACAACAAAUGCUCUGAUUUUCCUUGUUCGAAACCAUCGUCUAGAUGACUCCAGCAGUCUUCCUCUUGAAAACCCUCCGCUUCUCAAACCCUUACCAAUAACCACAUCUGCAAUGGGCGACGCUAUCACCGCCCAUCACCCACCGCCACCAGUGGCGGAUUCUAAUAAUUCCAUGGAUGAUUUUGAUUCCCUCCCAAUCCCGCCCCUCGAUCCCAUGUUCCUCUCUGCACAAAAUUCCUUAUCCACAACCAUUGCAGGAGAAAACUUCAUCUCGGAUCUACCCCUAUCCCUUGACGAUGAUUACGAUUUCGACAUCACCUUUGACGAUCACGACAGCUUCUACUUUCCCUCCGAGAACGAGCACUUCUCUAUCCCCAACCCUGCCAUUGAUAUAAACCACCUUGAUGUUUCUCCGCAACCGGGUUCUUCUGAUGGUCAUAUUGCUUAUUUCACUGCGCAUCAGGCGAAUUCUGCUUCGCUGGAGUCGGGGAGCUCUGGAAUUCGUGGCGAUGAUGGUUCUAAUGUUGCUACGUAUCUGAAUUGCUCGCUUCCGGAGUCAAUUAGUUGUAAUUCGGCUGAUCUAAGUUCUAAUUCUGCUAGGGCAUUGAAUUUUCCCUCGCCAGUGUCCUCUUAUGGCUCCGGGAAUGGUGGGUCGGGUGUAUCUGAAGCCAUGAAUGUGCCUUCUCCUGAUUCGGGUGCUUUAGUGGUUGAUCAGAAGAUCAAACUCGAAGAAGUAAAUGUCAUAAGUUGCAGCUUGCCAAAGAGGAAGAAAGAGACCCCUAGCGAGGAUGUUAAUGGCCAAACAAGAAAUCAGAAGUACCUGAGGUCAAAGAACGCCAACCCAAAUAGUUUCGUUGAAUUGAGUGAAGAGGAGGAGAAAAAGAGGGCAAGGCUGAUGAGAAACCGAGAGAGCGCGCAGCUUUCAAGGCAGCGAAAGAAGCAUUACGUGGAGGAGCUGGAAGACAAGGUGAGAGCAAUGCAUUCAACCAUUGCGGAAUUAAAUAGUAAAAUUUCAUUUUUUAUGGCUGAAAAUGCAAGUUUGAAGCAACAGUUGAGUGGCAAUGGUAUGUGCCCGCCCCCUAUGUAUCCACCAAUGACGCCCAUGCCAUAUCCAUGGGUGCCGUCCCCUUAUGUAGUUAAGCCGCAAGGGUCUCAUGUGCCGUUGGUUCCAAUCCCUAGAUUGAAAACACAGCAGCCUGUAUCUGCUGUAAAAGCUAAAAAAGCUGAGGGUAAGAAAGCUGGGGUUAAGACUAAGAAGGUUGCUAGUGUUAGCUUUUUGGGUUUGUUAUUUUUCAUUUUGUUGUUUGGUGGAUUGGUGCCAAUUGUGAAUGUGAAGUUUGGAGGAAUCAAGGAAAAUGGUGCUAAUGGUUCUGGUUUUGUUAGUGAGAAGUUUUAUGAUAAGCAGAGAGGUAGGGUCUUUGGAGUUCAUGGGCAUUCAAAUAGGUCUCAUGAGAGCAUCGGUGUUGAGUUUUCUAAUGGAAAUUUUCAUGUUGGUAGUAGAAUACAGUGUGGGACAGGGGGUGAUGGAUGUUUGGCAUAUGAUGCCAAGAUGAAAGGAGGAUUGACGCAUUUACCAGAUUCAGACAAAUUUGUUAGACUUGGUAAUACUAGUAAUAAGCCACUCGCUGCAUCUUUGUUUGUACCGAGGAAUGAUGAGCUUAUCAAGAUUGAUGGUAACUUGAUAAUUCAUUCUGUUCUGGCCAGUGAGAGAGCUAUGGCGUCUCAUGAAAAUCCCGAAAUAAAUAAAAGCAAGGAGACGGGUUUGGCAAUCCCAAGAGAUUUUUUUCCAGGGCCUGCUACGCCUGAUGUUGGAACCAAUAGAAGGAGGAAUUCUCACUUAUAUCGGACUCGUAAUGCUCGACAUAAGGCCCUUGCAUCUGGGUCUGCUGACACUCUAAAGGACCACUUAAAGUCAUCUGCAGCUGAUGGUAAGCUGCAGCAGUGGUUCCAUGAAGGCCAUGCUGGGCCAAUGUUGAGUUCUGGCAUGUGCAGAGAAGUGUUCCAGUUUGAUGCCUUACAAGCUCCAGGAGCUAUUAUUUCUGCUUCGUCAGUCACCAAUAUUACAGCAGCUCAGCGCCAGCAGAAUGCUACACAGCACAACAAGGGGAAAAACAGAAGGAUUCUCCAUGGUCUUCCAAUUCCCCUCGCAGGAUCUGAACUGAAUAGUACUGGGGAACAUGUUGGAAAUGCCCAGAAAGACAACUUUCAAGGUAAUAAAACAGUCCCCCCCAUGGUUGUCUCUGUGCUCUUCGAUCCCAGAGAGGCUGGCUACAGUGAGGUUGAUGGCAUGAUCACACCAAAGUCCAUAUCUCGGAUUUUUGUUGUUGUGCUCGUAGAGAGCGUGAAGUAUGUUACUUAUUCAUGUGUGCUUCCACGCACUGGUCCUCAUUUAGUGACAGCCUGAGAGGACGGAAAACAGUUGGGAGUCAUGGAUUGAAAACUCUACCCAUCUCCAGCUCCCAGUUUUGUAUAUUACAGAAUAUUUAGCAGCUCCCAGGUUAAUAGCCAUCCGAAUAUUAACUUCUCAGAGUUGUACUGUCAUUAUAAAAUUUUUUACAAACUGUAAUGUUAUUAAUAUAUGUGACUUUGGAUUCGGAUUGGUAUUCUGUCAUCCUUCAAAUGUAUGCACAUAAUAUUGAUGUUGAACUUCGGAAUUGGACAUGGUUUUUGAUCGACUGAAUCAAAAAGGAAGGAGUGAAUUUUUCCA